UAGAUAAUACAGGUGAAAAAUAAAAAAUAUUUGGAAGGAAAUACGUGUAAUAACCUUUUAAAUGUUCAAAAAUUUACUUCAUGAAUUUAAUACUUCUAAUGUACAUAAUUUAAAAAUCAUUCCACGAUGAACGAGGAAGAUAAGAAAAAUAUAAUUCAAGACCUUAAUUUAAGAAUUGGAAGCGACAUUAAUGAUUUAUCUAAUGCCAGUGAAAUAGAAAAUCAGCUAGUAGUGCGAAGGGAUCAACUUCAAAGCUCUUUAAAUUUAGCAAAUAAUUUGGUGCCCACGAAAUUAUCAUCUGCACUAAAAAAAGCAGAAAAAAAUUCAACUCAAAUCAAUAAUCUUAAAAACAAAAGUGUAACAUUGAAAUCAAGAAUAGAAAGCUUUUUAGAAAAGACAGAACCAUUGAGGGAUGGGCUGAACAAGAGAUUCACAGCCAUAAACAAAUUAGAACAAACUCUAAUUUAUUUAAAAUCUUUCGAAAAGAUUGAUGAUAUAAGUCGUCAAAUGAAACAAUGCAAUGAUGAUGAACAGCUAGUCUUAUGCUAUGGAGAACUCAAAGAAUUGUGUAACCAAUACAAGGAUGGCCACAGAGGUGUUUAUGUCAGGGAAUACACACAUUACUGGCAUAAUAUAUUAAAAGACAAGCUUACCAAACAUUAUGAAGAUGUAUUGAAAUUACUAAAAUGGCCAAUAACAACUGCAGAUAACUCACCACCCCCUAAAGAAGUAUUGGUUAAAUUUAGCAAUCUGACAAGAUACCUAUUUUUAAUUGAAGAACCUGAGGGUUUGCAUACUAACAGUAUUUCAGAACUAGCUGAAGAGCAGGAUCCAUGUCUUCCUGUUAAAAUAUUAUUACGGCCAUUAAAAAAACGUUUUACAUUCCAUUUCACUGGCUCAAGACAAACAGCUAGGAUUGAUCGCCCAGAGUGGUUUCUCACUCAGACACUGGCAUGGAUAAAGGAUCAUCAAGGUUUUAUUAAGAAUAAUGUACAGCCAGUUGUCGACAAAUUGCAGUUGAAGAAUGUUAAAACAGUUGAUGAAUUUAAUGCAGGCCUCAUAUCAUUAGCUGCAGAGAGACUUCAUACUGUAUUAGGAUUGUAUCAUACACAACGAAAGAAAGGUGAACUAGUAGAUGUGGACGCAGCCUUCGCUCAUGCUGUGGACGAAACCUUAGGAUUCCAUAGAGAGUUUGUUACUGUAACAGGAAAGGAUGGUAACAAUGUACUCUCUGUUUUGACGAAAGCGGAAACUUUCGUUAGAUGGCUGGCUGUUGAAAAGAAAUAUGCUCUCGCAAAAAUGGACGAGACUCUCGACAACGACCAGUGGUGCGAGCCAGUGGCGAGCGGUGUCACUUCAGCUGUUGGUACCGUACUGUGGGUGCCGCGAGGUGCAGACUGGUUCAUAACACUAUUGAAAACUAUUGAAGAUCGGUACGCCGUGUUGCCACAGCCUGGUCAUAGGCUCCAGUUCCUGGAGAUGCAACUGGAGCUGGUGGAGGAGUGGCGCGUGCGUCUGACGCAGUUGCUGAGCGCGGCGGCGGAGUCUCUGGGUGUGGAUUCCCUGUUAGCUACCGACGCUGCACCACUCGCCCUUACCGCCGUUGUUAACGCCGCGCACCAUACACGCACCGUAUUGCUGCAAUGGGCGCACUCCUUGCAUUACCUGCAACUGCACUACUACCGGCGUCAGUUCCAACACUUCACACAGCAGCAGCACCGCGAAGAGAGCAUUAAGUCGUCGUCCAGUUCCGAAGAUGAUGAUAUAAAUGCUAAUGGCCUAAGACUUAGUAGUUACGUAUUUUCAGAAGGCGAAUCUGAUGAGGCUAUGUCCUUAAAAGAAGUAGAAGAACGCGCUAAAACAUUAGCACUUAAUGCAGUUUCAAGAAGGAAUUCCUUAGUUACGGAUAUUAGUAAAUUUGAACUUGUUGCCCCGCUCGCCAACUUGUCGGUAACGGAGCCUCUGUGGAACCCUGCCGUGGAUGGCAGCGCGUCUGGAGCUGAAGAGGCGGGCGUAUUCUCGGAGGCUCCCACGCUGCUCGCCCACCUGCGAGACGCGGGCCUUGCUGCGAUCAUCGACCACAUUCUAUUCGAGUUCAGAGCUUCUCUACGGGACUACAAGAAACAGAAAUGGCACGCGUGGAUGAUGGUGGAGGAGAUGGCGCUGUCGGUGUCUGCGUCACUGUGCCGGCCGCUGUCGGCGCUGCUGGCGCGGGUCGCCGCCGCCCACCAGCGACUGGCGCCACCGCUCGCCAGGCGCAUGCGCGCCGCACUCGCUCAUCACGUCGACCAGUACAUCUUUGAGGAAGUUGUAUUGCAGAAUUGGUUCAAUACGGGAGGAACAGUACAAUUUACGCACGAUGUUAAAAGAAAUUUAGUGCCAGCUUUUACACUUCCAUAUAAAGUUUCUUCUCAAAUGAUCCAAUUGCCAAGAUUAUUAGAAUCGUGUAAACUUCUAAAUAUGGACUACGACGACGCGCGGCGAUUACGUGCCUCUCUAUCCAAACAACCGAACCUCGCUGUGGAGAACUUGUCAACCCAUGGGAUCCGCCACGUGCAGCCCAAUGAAGCGCUACAAAUACUGAGCCAAAGAACCGACCUUAAUGAGUCCAGUUCACCAUCCUCGGUUAUGGAACUUUUCUGAAAUUUCGAAGGAGGAGGCAUCUAAGGUGUGUAAAGUAAUGGGAUAUGAACACACUGUUAAAUUUCCAGUUAUAUUAUCUAACAAUGAGCCUAAAUCUUCCAAUACUUAGGUCGGCGAAUUCAAUAGCUAUGACGGGGCGCCUAUUAAACUGUAAUGUAUUUAUAUGAGUAAUGUAACCAACUAUAAAAAUCGUGUUAUAAAUAUUUCGGUUAUAUAUAUAUAAUUAUGAUUUCUCGAUAAUAUAAUUGGAUCUACAAAAGAUAGGUUUGAUAAUUAUUAUUUUGUAAUACAAGUAAUAGCAUUAUUUUGCCCAAGUUGCACACUAUAUUCUCUCCAUAUUUUACUGAUUAACUAACUCUAUCCAAUUAAUUAAAACAUCAUGUUUUAGUAUAAGGAAUAAUAAAAAUAUGUAAAAUGUAUAUAUUAGAUUGAAAUUAAAAAAUCAGUAAUACUAUUAUAACAUGCUUUUACAUUAAAAGUCGAAACCAACCUUUUUGGAGGUACAGAAUUUGAUUUAUAUUAUUAUAUAUAUAUAAUGUAUUAAGUAAGUUCUAGAAUGUGGAACACAAAAUUCUAUAUUUACCUAUAUACGUAAUGUUAUGUGACAUUAUAAAUCAAACUGUACUUUUAAAGCAUAGCAAUACUUAUUGAGGUACUUGUCUUGUAUUUAUUAUUACAUCCUAUACAUUGCUCACAAUUGAAGUCAUUUAGUGUAUACCCCUACGUCUAUACAUUACAAACUUUGUCAACUCUACAUUAUUACCUAAUAAGUCAUUCAGAAUAUUCCAAAUAUUUUUAACCACCUGAACUAAUAUAUAAAUUGGUAACCUCAUAAAGUUAAUAUUUACAAAUAAGACAGACUGAAUGUACUUCGCCCUCAUGUAUUGUACAUAGUUGAUAUUGGAAUAUGGUUGUAUUAUUAUUAUAUAUUUUGUAGAUUUUUCAAUCCAUGAUGUCAUGCGGAUACACAUAUAGAAGAUAAUGUUGCAUUUUUCUAGUACAUUGUGUCGCUUUAACAUAAUUAGAAAAAUUACAUUGGCUUAAACUGCUUCAUAUUAAUCGUAGUACCUAUGCUAUUCUAAAUUAUCUUAGAAAAUACUCAUUUAAUUUUAUUUACAUAGUAGAAUAACCAUAUUACAUUGCUUUAAACUUUUUUUACGGUUGUUUAUCAUUUUACCGUGAUAAUAGUGCAUAAAUAAUGUUGUCAUUAAGUAUAUCUCGUGUAAAUAAUGUGUAUAUUAGUAGGUACAUUGUGUUAUUAAUUUAUCCAAAGAUUUACAAAUUAUAUAAAGUUAGAGUUUACCAGAGGUAGAGACUGUACAGUCUUUGGAGAUACCGUCUUAUCUAUUUCAUCCGCCAAGUAGCUUACUUUGUAAGCUGUUUUCGGUUGGGGGAUGAUAAGAGUAAAUGUGAAAAUACAAAAAGGUGAUAAGAGUGAAAUUACAAGAUACUGAGAGUUAUGAGUGAUGACCAUUCAUGCUGCUCAUGUGUAAUUAGACUUAAUGGAUUGAAUUAUCUUCAGAAUUAAAAUAGUCUUUUAGCAAAAAUUUUGUUCCUGUACCACCCGACUUAGCAACGCUUUCCCGUUAGUAGUUGUAAUCAGCCGGCUUAUUGGACCUUAGUAAUGAUUCAUAUCAAAUUGCUAUUUUAACAUAUCUGUAGAAAUAUAACUGGUAAUCGUCAGUGCUUGUAUCAGAUUUGAUUGCAUGCACGUCACGCUGUCAUUUUUUUGUGAAAGCGUGGCGUGCGUUUGGUAGUGAUUGCUAAAGAAACAGUGUAGGCCUCCUCCUUUAUGAGAAUAUUGCUGAUAUCUUACAUCUAUCACGUAUAUGGACGAUCAAUAUCGCUAUGAUAUAAAUAUGUUUUCUUUUGUAUAUGUCUAGUAUUUUAGUAGUGCUAAUUAAAUUAUAUAGUAAUUUAAUAUUUUGUAUAUGCGUUUUGUAUUUUUUACAAUUGUUACUUUUAAGCUUUCGUCUCUAGUACUCAUUUUUCUAAUUAAUAGUUUGUUAGAUCUUGAACGAAUUAUUUAAUGGUAAAUUGGUAGCACACUCGAUGUUUAAAAUAGAUUCCACUAGCUGUGGUCAUAAGCAGCUAAGUAUGGCAGUUCCCGCCCGCGCACUUAUUUUAUUGUGUGUGAGAUAGUGUGAGUAAUAGUGAUUACCUAGCAAGUAAUGAUAUUAAUUUAUAAUGUAUCCGUGACAUCUACUAUUAAUAUAAACAAGAUAUUUCUGCGUAGUGUACAUUUAUGUUACGACAAUUUAAUAUUAGCAUUAUUGUACGUUUAUUUAUUAAGUCAGUUACUAUAGUAAAUGUCAUUAUUUUAAUAAUUAAGUAUGACCCAAAAAAAUUGCAACAAUGUUGUAUUGUGGUCGAUCCUUUUACAUUUCGUUGUAAAAAUUCUGUCAAAAAUUUUGACAAUUUUUUUUAUACUUAUAUAAAUUUUGUCGAAGAUAUAAGUAU